UUGGGGAGCAGAAUGUUCAGGAAUCUUUUGACCUUACCUACAAUGAUCAGUUUAAAUAUUUUGAUUCUAAACAAGAUGACUUAAGGUUAAUUCAAACUAGCGAGUCAAGUUAUUACUGGAUGAACGAAGGAGAGAUCCUUGAUUUGAUUAGGAACAAAACAAAAUUUAUGGAUAUAACAGAUUAUAGAGA